AGUAACGAGUGCAACACAAUUGGCUAUAAAAACUACCAAACAACCACAAUCGCAUUAAUGAAUAAAUCGUUUUGCUGAGAUAUGCCACGACAAUGGAUGCUUAUAUGCGCUCAACUUGCUGUACUCGAUUCUGCUGUUUUUGGCAACAACUAUGUAGCCAGAAACAAUUAUGGAACGAUUUCAGUAGUAGGGCCAGCCUUUGUGAACAGGGAAAUUACACUGAAAGUGACACAGUUCUGUCCUUUGGAAUGUGACGUAGAAUGGAGAUACAUAAUGGACAAUGGCACAACAGUCCAAACAAUGACUGGGACAAAAGUGAAUGGAUCAUUCUUUUUGAAAUGGACGGCUUCGGCUAAAUACAACAGAGCUCAGUUCUACGCCGAAUGUUCAACAAACAAAACAAUUAGAACAGAAAUGACAACUUUAAAUAUGAAAGAUAUUCAUGGACAAUGUGGAGCACUCGUGCUUCUAAGUCCUGUUGUUCUCGGCGUGGACGUCGAACUUGGAUACUUUCCGUCUGACAAUUUAAUAGAGAGCAAAAAUGUUAUUAAACGAAAAUGGAAGAAAAACAAUCACGAGAUACAGAUACACGAAGGGUGUUGCGCAGAGAAAAGAGUAACUGAAUAUUCCUACAUAUUGACUAUAUUUAACUUCAAUAAAACAGAUGAAGGAACGUAUAUUUUAAAUUGCGAUUCAGGUGGCAACACGGAUUCUGUACAGCUUAAAUUUCCAGAGAAACCGAGUUUUCCAGUUCUCGGCCCAAAGUAUCCUGACUAUAAUACAACAGAAUGUUUUUAUGUUUUUGGAGGCUCCGACUUUUAUUGCAAAACUGAAAACGGAACGGAGCCUGUACAAGUAACAUUUUUAAUUGGCCAGGAAUCAAUAACUUUGGAUGAAACCAAAAUGAAGAGAGGGUUGUACAGAUUACAGGACGUUCAUCAACACAUGGCUGGACAGUCAAGACAGAAUGUGACAUGUCAGGUUUCUAAUGCAGCCCUUGAAACACCUUACGAAGUGCACGGCAUUCUAUGUCAUGUAGAAAAAGGUAGCCAACCUGUUCUAACAGUUCCUGAAAGACUUCAUGGAAAAAGAUCUUCAUCAAUUUGUGAAGUGCGAAAUGCUUUCCCAGCUCCGGCAAUAGAAAUAAGCGUUGACAAAGCUUUGCAAGCAGACGUUCAACAAACUGAUUUAUUUAAUGGUUCUUCACAUACGUUUACCAGCACGGCAACGAUGACAAAGACGAACAAAGCAUGGAAUGGAAAACGAAUGUGCUGUACCACGAAAACCAAAUACGAGUUUGGUCUUGGAAAUGUGUCAGUAUGCAAAAACAUCAGUAUGAAAUGUGAUCCGACUUUAAAUCUGAACAAGACAUCACCUGUCGAUUUACCUCCGAAUAAAACAUUGGUCGUUAAAUGUACUGUGAUUAAUUGCAAUGCUGAAGGGUUAUGGACGCUUAUGUGGGAAGAUAAACAUAACUCUAUUAUAAAGACUUGCAACAAAACAGAGGAAUGCCUAUUAACACUGAAUUAUACGGGAGAUGGUGAAAAGACGUACACAUGCAGAGCAUGGAAAUCACAGUUUACUCUGAAUAUUUCGUUGACAGUUUCAAGUUCAAUGAGUGAUGUUAGUCAACCCCAUGAAAAGGACAAUCAGACAUUUUCUUCAACAUCCCGAUUUCCUCUCAACAAUAUACUCAUCGGAACAGGCGUUUUAUGUGGACUCUGCAUCCUGUUUAUAAUCGGAAGAUGUGUAUAUCUUAAACGGCGAAAGGUCAACGAAAUCAACACAAUAGAAAUUGUUGAAAAUCAUAGGGACACCUCGUUGGACAAUGGCGUGCUACACAUAGAAACGGGAGGAGUCCAGUACGCAGUCAUGCAGAGACAGGCGGCUACGCAGAGGACUGGAACGCAGCAACCACAUGAUGGCGGUGGCCUAACGUACGCCGAGUUGGACAUUAAGUUCCUACAGGAAGCUAACGCCAGAGUUCCGUCAAGUAAAAAAAAUAACACGCCGACGGAAUAUGCUGACAUUGCGUUUUCCUCAACACAAAAAUCUGCUGAAGAAAAUCAUGUCUACCACAAUACAUCUGCGUAGAUCUUUUAAGAAGACAAACAAAUCUAAUCGACAUGUAUUGCCUUAUUACAUUGUUUCUAUUCUGUAUUCCCUAUGGUUAUGAUUAUGAGUGUACAAUUUCUUUUGUUUAAAAAUGAACAUUUUGAUAUACAGCCGAAUUUAUCCAAAAUAAAAUUUAAAUAUAAAAAAUAUUUAUAUUUACUUUAAAUUUGGGACUGUGAGCGUGGAUUAAACAAUUGAUUUAUUCGGCACUUAAAGAAUUGCCUCUUUAUUUAUGUACAUAUAUAUCUGAAUGUCUUCAGUCACUGGUAGUUUUUACCCUUAUAAAUAGUAUGCCAUUGUAAUUACCGUCAAAUUGUUUGGUUACUGUAUUUAUUCCUUAAAUUAACAUUCAUGUAAAUAAGUAUACACUAUUGUAUGUCUGGCAAAACAAAGCGUUAGUUUGCAAACAUUUUUUUUUAUAAUUCAGUGUUAUAUGUAUAACAUUCAUCAACAUAGCAAUACUAUUUGGGACUUAUUUGAUACAUAUUUCGUUUAGAUAUACGACCCUUAAACAUUUUACUUUAUAUGAAAGCAAUGGUAUUUUUUCUAAUUGUUGCCAUCUCAUAUAACAUAUUCUUUUCUUCUUCAUUUUUACUAUUGUUUUCUAAAAUGAUUUCAGUUAAGGAAUGGUAUGGGCCUAACAUGGCACCCAUUGUUAUCUUCCCUUUACGUUUUCAUUCAAUUAAAACAAAUGUUUGCUUAAAGUAAUGUAAUAUGUAUUUGAUAGCCAAUUGUUUGGCAAUGGCUCAAAUAGCGUUAAAGAUAGUUUGAUAAAUCAAUUAAUCUUUCUCCGUUGAGUAAGAUGAAACAGUCUGAAUUCAACCCAAAACGUUAGGGUAAAAUGCCAUGGCUGUUUGAGUUCAUGUUUACUAAGUAAAAGCCGUAUUACCUGGAGACAAAAAAGUUUUAUGUAAACUGAUUAGCUUGUAAUAGUUUUCAAGGAUAUCCAUUAUGAAUUCUCGAAGUUUCGUGUCGAUGUUUUUCUUCGAUAAAGCUUUGUUAAAAUUGAGUUUCCCAAUUUUCCUCUCUAUUGCAUUUUCUGGUUUAAGUUGUAUUAUUAAGUAAUUGUAGACCAUUUUACUUAUUUUUGUAUUUACCUUGGUUUUAUGUUCAGAGAAAGUAGAUGUGGGAUACGUUAUAUCGUCGAUUUUUAAGCCAGUCGUCAGGAAAACUAAGGCUAAGUGCAUGGUACUUCAGUGAAUCACUUAUACCAUAUCAUGUUUUUCUGUAUUCAUACAAAUAUUAGAUAGAUUUUACACCCGUGUCAUACUACUCUCUAUAACAAUGAUUUGUUAUUUGUUAUUUUUAGUUUGCUGUUGUUCCAUAUGAUUUCUUUUAAUAUAAUCACAGCAUCGUUUUUAUACAUGCAUGAUAUCCAUGGUUGUAUUACGAAACCUAGCAUAGCCUUAUUAUUGGGAUCCCAAUUGCUUGUUUUAAGAUAAGUCCUCUCUUUUAUGUUUUGUCCUUUGCAUAAAUUUGCAGUUGUUUAACAGUCAUAUUGACCCAUGAAGUUUGGUCACGAUGUUUUUUUGGCAAACAUUUUUUUUAUUCGAUCUUGUGUAUUCUUCGGCGUAUAAGGGGGGGGGGGGUGCCUGUGUGUUUUUAAACAACAAGUUAACCAGUUAGUUAUAAAUUAUGAUAAAAUAAACCCUCAGUUUAUAUCAAGAGGAGCAAAAUGCGUCGACACCGGACGUUAAAUAACGUAAAAAGAAAAGGCAAUUUAGUACGGGUCUUCUCCGGCGGGAUACAAUAACCAUGAUCAAUCUGUUAAAGCCUUAUAUAUUUGGGCUGAACUACAUUUAUUCGAUGUAGUAAGUAACGUUCAAGCGUAAUUUUUUUAUCAAAUUUAAAUCAAAAUAGGAACGGCACUCUACGUUCAUUUACAGCAUGUACGAAACAUAACAGGACGGUAGUCAGAAAACCAACAAAUUGAGCUUCUUAUAAAUAAAUCUUGUUUUGUAAGAGAAUAUUUUUUGCUUCGAUGUAUGUUGACAUGUACGUGUACAUGUACGCGUUGCCACUUGUGUGUAAAAGUUGUAGUUACAAAUCGUUGUAGACAUUUUAACGUUCUUGUAGGCUCGCUGAUAUUCUCCUCGUGCUAUUGUUCAUGUCAUUUUCAAUCUUGUACAAUGUACAUAAACAUGCAUAAACAUGCAUGACGCAGUGCACAAUCUUCGCUAAUGAUUUAUUUUACGGUGACGUGUGUUGUAGUGUCAAUAUGUUUUGAAUCAUCGUUAUAACAUGUUUUACAUUCAAUGCUUAAGGGCAAAUUACAACAAAUAGAAUGUGACAACUCAUUGUACCAUUCCUGUUUUCGUUAUAUAAACACAUGACAGUGAAUCAAAGCAAGGUUUUACCACCUCAGAUCAUUGGCUACUUUCCAUUUUUAUAGGUUUUGAGUCUAAAUGGCUUGUGAUUUCAAAAAAAAAUGGCUGAACAUGAUUGAUCUAAUUGACCUACUUUUUUUCCAUUUACACCGCAUUGGUUGUACUCCUACGACGGAUGUGGCCACUUUAUACAACUUUCUAACGUUGUUUAAUUUUUAGAACAAAUGUGGAACUUUUCCCCUAGAUAUGGUGUUUGAGGUCGUAAAGCACUAGAAAUUAGUGUUAUUUCGCUUGCAAAUUGGUCUAUUGAAUAUAGAAUAUAUAGGAAAUUUAUUUAGGGAUUUCUGAUCAUAAUGCCAAUGUCACGGUAGUAACUGUUUACGUAAUUACUUACUUACUAACUUGCUUGCUUGCUCACGUACUUACUUGCUUAAUAAAAUUA